AUGACCGAGACUGCAAUCGAUAAGUCCGCCCAGGUGAUCUCCAACUCGGGUCACGAUGACAUGAUUCACGAUGCUGUUCUCGACUACUACGGCCGAAAACUCGCCACCUGUUCUAGCGACCGAACGAUCAAGAUCUUUGAAAUCGAAGGCGAAUCUCAGCGUCUAACCGAGACACUCAAGGGUCACGAAGGUGCUGUCUGGUGUGUGGCAUGGGCGCAUCCCAAGUACGGCAACAUCCUCGCCUCGGCAGGCUACGACGGCAAGGUCUUUGUCUGGAAGGAGCAGGGCGCCCAGCAGGCCUCCAAAUGGCAGCGCAUCUACGAAUCCUCCGUCCACAAGGCCUCGGUCAACAUUGUCGCCUGGUCACCCCACGAGGCCGGCUGCCUACUCGCCUGCGCGUCGAGCGACGGAAACGUGUCGGUUCUCGAGUUCAAGGAGGGCGCGGUGGAUAGCACGACGCUGCACGCGCACGGCCUGGGCGUCAACUCGGUCUCGUGGGCGCCCGCGCUGACACCCGGCUCCAUCGCGAGCAGCAACCCCGGCCCGGGUGCCUCGGGCAACAGGCGCUUCGUGACGGGCGGCUGCGACAACCUGCUCAAGGUCUGGACGUUUGACGUGGCCAGCGGGACCUACGUGCAGGAUGGUGAGGCGCUGGCGGGCCACGGCGACUGGGUGCGCGACGUGGCGUGGAGCCCGACGGUGCUGCAGAGGAGUUACAUUGCGAGCGCCUCGCAGGACAAGACGGUGCGGGUCUGGACGUCGGACCAGGGCGGCGGCGCCAAGUGGGAGAGCAAGGUGCUCAACUUUGAGGCGCCCGUGUGGCGCGUCAGCUGGUCGCUGAGCGGCAACGUGCUGGCCGUGAGCGGCGCGGACAACAAGGUCAGCCUGUGGAAGGAGAACCUACGGGGCGAGUGGGAUCUGGUCAAGUCCAUUGAGGAAUAG